UUUCCACUCUUUUAUUUGUUCAUUGUCCUUGUUUUACCUUUUCUUUUAAUUGUUGUUAACCAUCAUUAACAAUUUAAUUAUAUUGUGAUUCUCUACAAUUGAUUGUGUUUAGAUUAUAAUCAAUUAAAUGGUUUCUCAUAAUCUUCUCAAUCUAAUAUUUGGAUAGAAUUUAAAAUUUUCACUUUUCUCUAAUUACACUUGUUACUCCAUCUUUUUAUUAAUUAUCUUUUCAUCAUCAAUUCUUUCACUUGUUAAUUGUUCUUUCUAAUUAAUUGUUUUGGUCAAUCAAUAUUCUAAAUUGUGUUAAUCAGAAAUUUUUAAUUGCUCACAAUCAAUCAAUUAAUCAUUUGAUGGGAAAAAGAAACACGAGAAACAAUCUUAUUGGUUAAUGUUGAUUAUUUUACUUUGAUUUGUAUUGAACGAGAUGAAGCAAACUGAUCAAAUAAUUGUCCAAGAUAAUCAAUAUGAGCUGAUGGUCAAUCUUGGAGCUUGACCUCUCACCUUGAUUGAGAUACUUUAACCAAACCAUUAAUAUGGUCAAAGAAUGGCAAACUUUUAUACUCCUUUGAGAAUCAACGAAUCAAUUAACGUACAAACUAUUCAUUCGUCUAUUAAUUACUUUAAUAAUCAUCUAAUUGCUGUUACAAUCGGCAAAAAAUCAUGCAGAAACUUCAACUUUUCAUCGUAUUCAUAAUCUGUAGCAUGGUUAUGGUCAUUUUACAAAAUGGACUAAAUCAAACAUGGGAUUGGUCAAGAUUCAGUAAUUUAAUGUUAACGCCACGAAAUGUAAACUCUAAUGAAAUCGAUGUCGAGACUAAUCUUGUAAGGAUAAAAAAUCUUCUCGCCAAUCGAACGAGUAACUUUAAGAUUUACCUGAAUACCGAGAAUUAUGAUGUACUAAAAAGUCUCGAAGAUGAAGUUCGAUCGAACCAUAAGAAGCGCAAAAGACCCAAACAUCGUUCGCGUCUAUCAUCGUACCAUAAACUCUCAUCAAUUGAAAUGCUGUUGAAAGUUUUAUCGACUCGUGAUCAUCGUCGUAACUCAUCUGGUUGGCUUGAUAAACUCAAUCGUCGAGCUUUUUUCCGUACCUUUGACCCACUGGCAAGUUUCCCGAUAAUCAAUGGUUCCUCGGCCUCAUCACCUAUUCGUUACAUUCUAUUGGUCUCACAUUUCCGUGCGGGUUCAUCGUUCAUUGGUGACCUUUUACAGCAAAAUUGGAAAACAUUUUACUCCUUUGAGCCUUUACACUUGUUUCAAAUCAACUAUAAAAUUCAAAGUGAUCAAGAAAACGCUGCUCUCUCUUUACUAUCAAACAUUUACUCUUGCACUUUCACCUCUGAACCAGGUUAUGUUAAUUGGAUCAGAAAAGAAGAGAAUAAAUUUCUUUUAACUUGGAAUCGUUUUCUGUGGAGCCUUUGUAAUAUUCAUCGCUAUUGGUGCUAUGAUCCCGAUUUUAUAAGUCAACUUUGCCUGCGAACCAAAUAUCGUGUAAUCAAAGUGACCCGGUUAAGUCUCGAGUCAACGGAAAAACUUUUACAAUCUUUACCUAAGUCAAUUGACCUUAAAGUCGUCUAUCUAGUUCGUGAUCCUCGUGCUGUACACAAUUCCCGUUCUAAACUUGAAUGGUGCACCAAAACACCUUGUGGCGAUUACAAUUUAAUGUGUGACGAUUAUAAUUCUGACCUGGUUGCCUAUCGACGUUUGGUCGACACUUAUGGAGAUAAAAUCAUUGCCAUUCGACACGAGGAUCUUUCCCUUGAUCCUUAUGGAGUAGGGAAAAGUUUAUUCACUUCUCUUGGAUUACCUUUCACAUCGGCCGUUCGUCGCUUCCUACGAAUCAAUACUGAGGCCGAAUUACCCGAUAAUCGAACCAUUGAUCCAUAUUCAAUUCGACGAAGCUCUAAACAAGUAAUAGCCAAAUGGACGAAAGAUUUAAAUGGAUCAACAAUCAAUGAAAUUCAAGAUAAAUGUUCAACUGUUUUCCAACAAUUAGGCUACAAACCGAUUGAUUUAAACUCUCAAUCUAUCGAAAACAAUUCAAUCAAUUUUAACGAUAUACUGGAAGAUAAAUUACCUUUACCUAAUUCUUUAUGAUGAUGAUUAGCAAAUUAACUUGUAAACAAAUUUAGCUAAAGGUAAUUACACUAAUUGUUGACCCAACGAUCUCAUCUUGCCAUUUUUGAAAUGUUUUCAAUGUGUUUCCAUUGAUUAAUAUCAUUCAUAUCGACAACAAUUAAUGUACAACACCCUAAAAUUAGACAAUUACUAAAUUGAUGUAAUAACUAUUUACUAUCAAUUUAAUUCAUUUGCUUUUGUAUUAUAUUUUGUACCAUAUUAACUUUUCAUUCAAUUAACUAUUGUAAUUGUUGUGUAUAAAUUUCAUUAUUAUGUUUAA